GGAUCGGAUCGCAGAAUAUCCACAGAGCGUGCACCGCUGGUCUCUUCAAGACUGUCUUUGGCAGUGGGAAUGGACGUCGACAAUUGGUAUCUCUCCGAGACGGUCUCAGGCUUUGCAAACAACUUACUGGUGAGCAAAUGAGGUGUGAAAGCGUCCGGAUAUUUGGAUCUGCGCCAUCCGUUUCCUCCUUCUAUCAGACAUUCGAGAUAGUGAGCGUGCCAAAGCCCAUUCCACGACGCUGGGUCGAGGAUGCGCCAAGUAGGGAAGUCAUGCUAACGCUGCUGCUGCGCACUGUAUUAUCCGUGUGUACGAUUGCUCCUCCUAGUUGAAGAUUUGGCUGAUCUUGAGGUGGAGGUCGCUGACGAGAAGGCCCUGUUGGACGAGCCUUCUGCUGGCCUCUUUGGCGCAGGCGCGCUGGCAGCAGAUCCGUGCCGGCCUUCGGACGCCCCGUCUCAACGCGAGAAGGAGAAGGAGUUGGGGGCUCAGAGCGAUAGGAGGCGCUCUGCUCCUUUACCCUUAGCCAAGGCGCUGAGUGGAGAGGAGACCAAAAACGAGCUGGGUGAGACAGCCUGAAUGGAUCAGUGUUAGGUAAUGUGUGUGUCUGUUCAAUCAGCGCCUGGUUUUUCUGAGGAGGAUGGCAAGGACGCGCUGGAGAAGGCCCGAAUUCGUCUCGGUCUGGGCCCGCCUCGCAUGAUGUCCCAACCACGGAGAGACGCAACGGAUGGUGAUGCAGAAGAUGACAUGGAUGAUGUACCGGUCGGGGAAGAACCUGUUCUGUGCCUUGAUCGUCCCGAUUUGGAGCGUUGGUCCAAGAACGAUCUGGAAAGAGAGAAGAAACAAGUGAAGAGGUACACAGGCAGGCAGGGGGGCGAGGAAGUACGCGGACAGGCAGGCAAGGCUAGCAGCCAGGAAGGUAGUGGAGCCCCAGCUGGUACCGAGAGGAUUGGCUUUCUCGUUCCUGUUGUCAGCGAGCUCAAGAAAUAUGACACCGCCUUCGAGUCGGCUUAUGGAAGGCUGGUAGAACAAGGAGCGGUCACAUUGUGACGACUUGACAGUCUACUCAUUGGUUGGAUGCAUGUGUCCGUCGCUGCAGCCGAAUCGGAAGGAGAAGGAGCCCAUGCGUCCCCUGUAUUGCUACUAUCGCAAGCUGAAGGCAAUGAUCGGCAACGUGUCGACCUCCCGUCAGGGGUACGCCCUCAGCCAGAGGAGCUCCCGCGAUCGGCGAGCCACUCCAUCCUCGCAGCAACAGCAGGGGGGCGCCAAAAGCGGGUCGGCCGUCAGUGGGCGGUCAGAGGUACCGCUGAGCGAGGUACCCUCGUCAAGGGGCGACUCAGCUCAGGACCUAGGCGAGUCGGGCGCCAGGGCACCGCGGCACCGAGAGCCAGCUCGGCAACAAGGGGUGGAUGUUCCCGCUGCGUCGAGCAACAACGACGAGGGGGAGCGCUACAGGCAGCGGCUGGACCAGCUAUAUCGUGAGAAGACUCGCCUGCGUCACGUGCUACAGGUAGCCACACACACACCGACGGCAGGGAAUAGAGGACACAUCGUGUAACGGCUUCAACUGAUUCAGAAAUAUCAGACCAAGUUCAUGGCGGAGAACUCGCGCAAAAUCCGCUUCCACAAGGACAUUCUGCCGAUCGAACGAGUAAGCGAACGGAUGGUGGGGUGUGCGCGGCACACGAGCACUCAGAUGGACUGCGAACCGUGUCUGGGGUGCCUUUAUGCAGGAGUACAAGUGCUACAAGCAGUGUAAACAAGAGAUUCAGCGGCUGACGUCGCUCUUGGGGACGUCUGGCAGUGCAGAAGCGGUCUCUGAUGUCGACUGAUGCUGGUUUCAAUCCUUGCACGAUUAGCUGAGUUGUGCCAAGAGUCCGUGUGCAUCACAUGGACACGAUGUCUCUCGGCAGAAAGGAAAGGUCUGUCUCUGUCCUAACAGAAAGAGCCUAGGCCUGGUGCACAACAUCCGUACACAGACGUGCAGGUGAAUUACACAGACUGUAUGUACAUACGUACACACUCCUGACUACACAAGACAGACAGACAGACAGUCAGUCAUAUGUACACGUGGCUGACAAAUAUACGCAGUGAUGAAUGAAUGGUGAGUGGAUGAAUGAAUGGUGAAUGAAUG